AAGUGAAUAAAAUCACUACAGAUGCAAGUGAAAAUGCGAAAGCACCUUCUUCCGCCUUCGCUUCAAGCCACCAUUUCAUAUUCAUAACCCCCAAUUCCUAGGGUUUUUCUGGAGCCCCUUCGAGUUUCAAGCUCCUGUUUACCUUAGGGUACUUUUCCCCCUUUUCUAUGUUUGAUCUUUGAUCUUUGUUGGAAUCCGGCUUGCGAUGGCUAAAUCUUCGGCUGGAGGCGGUGGUAUCCCUGGCUCGCCGACCGCCGUGCGGAUUGUUGUGGCUGGUGAAAAGGGUACUGGAAAAUCUAGCUUGAUUGUUGCUGCAGCCACUGAUACUUUCCCUCCUAAUGUCCCUCCCGUUCUUCCCGAUACAAAGUUGCCGCCUGAGUUUUUCCCUGAUCGCAUUCCAAUCACCAUCGUUGACACUUCCUCUAGACGUGAAGACAGAGGCAAGCUAGCCGAAGAACUGAAGCAGGCUGAUGCAGUUGUUUUGACAUAUGCAUGCGAUCGGCCUGAGACUCUUGAUCGGUUGAGUGAAUACUGGCUUCCAGAGCUUCGGCAGUUAGAGGUGAAGGUUCCUAUUAUAGUAGCAGGGUGUAAGCUUGACUUGAGAGAUGACACCAAUCAGGUUAGCCUCGAACAAGUGAUGUCCCCAAUAAUGCAACAGUUCCGGGAGAUUGAGACUUGCAUCGAGUGCUCUGCACAAAAAUUAAUCCAGGCCCAUGAAGUUUUCUACUACGCCCAGAAAGCGGUUCUUCACCCCACAGGACCUCUAUUUGAUCAAGAAACCCAGUCUCUAAAACCCCGGUGUGUUAGAGCCUUGAAGCGUAUAUUUAUUCUCUGUGACCAUGACAGAGAUGGUGCUCUCAGCGAUGCUGAACUGAAUGAUUUUCAGGUCAAAUGUUUCAAUGCACCAUUGCAGCCUUCUGAAAUCGAAGGUGUUAAGAGGGUUGUGCAAGACAAAUUGCCCGAAGGAGUGAACGAGAGAGGACUGACAUUGACCGGUUUUCUGUUUCUUCACGCACUUUUUAUUGAGAAAGGGAGGCUUGAGACAACCUGGACUGUACUGAGGAAAUUUGGGUAUAAUAAUGACAUAAGACUUGCGGAUGAAUUGAUUCCUUAUUCAGCUUUCAAGUGUGCUCCUGAUCAGAGUGUUGAGCUGACAAAUGUGGCUAUUGAAUUCCUGAGGGGAAUCUAUGACUUGUUUGACGGUAGCAGUGAAAAUAACCUGAUGCCUCAGGAGAUCGAGGAUCUAUUUUCGACUGCACCUGAGAGUCCUUGGAAAGAAGCUCCUUAUGAUGCUGCUGCGGAGAAAACGGCCAUUGGAGGAUUCUCUGUUGAUGCUUUUCUAUCAUUGUGGUCACUGAUGACACUUUUAGACCCAGCUCGGAGUGUGGAAUAUUUGAUGUACAUUGGAUUCCCAGCUGAUCCUUCGUCUGCCAUCCAUGUUACUAGGAGAAGACACGUAGAUCGCAAGAAGCAACAGUCAGAAAGAAAAGUUUUCCAGUGCUUCGUUUUUGGACCUGAGAAUGCAGGGAAAUCUGCAUUACUGAACUGCUUUCUUGGAAGGUUGUAUGCUGACAAUAAUGGAUCAACUACUGAUGACCGCUAUGCAGUAAAUGUGGUUGAUGAGUCUCGGGGUGCAAAGAAAACGCUCGUGCUGAGGGAAAUCCUGGAAGAUGGAGUUAAAGGACUGCUUUCAGCCAAAGAGUCAUUGGCUGUGUGUGAUAUAGCAGUCUUUGUGUAUGACAGUUCUGAUGAGGUAUCGUAUAAGAGAGCAACUGGGAUGCUUGUGGAAGUAGCGAGACAUGGGGAGGACACCGGCUUUGAGGUCCCAUGCCUAAUGGUUGCUGCUAAAGAUGAUCUUGAUUCGUUCCCAAUGGCGAUACAAGAAUCCACCAGGGUUACACAAGAUAUGGGAAUGGAGGCUCCAAUACCCAUAAGCUCGAAAUUGGGAGAUUUUGGUAAUGUAUUCCGGAAGAUAUUAGAAGCAGCAGAACAUCCCCAUUUGAGUAUUCCGGAGACUGAAGCUAGGAAAAGCCGAAAACACUACAAUAAGCUCAUCAACUGCUCUCUAAUGGUGGUUUCAGUUGGAGCUGCUGUUGCCAUUGUCGGGCUGGCUGCUUACCGUGUCUAUGCAGCCAGAAGGAAUGGUUCGAGCUGAUGAAUGGAACUAAAGAUUAAAAAUGUAAGAAGACACUGCUUACCCACAACAUGAAAGACCUGAGAAAAGAUAUCGACUUCAUUGUCCUGAGUUGUGUUUUUUCUUUUUGCUGAAACAACAGAUAUUCUUUUAAACUUGAUCUCUAGGGGCAGUGUUAAUCUGAUGGAAAUGGGGGGAUCUCCUCGAGGUGCAUGGAAUGGGAUGGAAGAGGUUUUGUAGAAAUAUAUAUAUAUAUAUUUUUUUAAACCCUAGAGAGACAGGAGGAUAUUGGCAUUUAUUUGUUAAAGUUGUGCAGCUACUGUUUUUUUUUUCUUGUCCAAUGAAAAAAAAGUUGGAAUCUAGCCAUUGAGACUUCCAUUCCCUCUGUGAUUUGCCAUGGCAGAAUAAUAGAGAGAUCGAGCUUAGUUUUCAUUUCA